AUGAGCCCGGCCCCGCCCUCAAGUGCUCCUGGCCCCGCUGCUGAGCGCCUGGUCCCGCCCCCAACGCAACCCGGUCAAGCCCUCAAGCGCGGCCGGUGCGGACCCGACAGGACUGGGCGGAGCCAAAAGCCCACUCCCCGCCUUCUCCGUAAGCCCGCCUCUGUUGACGUCGACAGACAGAAGUUGCGUCCAAUAAAAACCGUGGACUCGGGAGACGACCCGCGCGUGUCGCUCUCCGGGUCUGUCUGGACGGAGCGUUUUCCACGCCGGCUGCGGGCUCGUGGGCUGCGAGGGCACUCGGCGCGUCGUCCUCCGGGGGUGUCCACAGAGGGCCGCGCCGUGUCAACUGCGCUCCUGGCCCUGCCUCGCCCCACGUCCCUCGACGCCCACGCGGGAGUGGUCGCGGGACCCACCCGCGGCGUUGGCGCCCCACACACUGCCGGGUCCCCAGAUUCGCGAGUCCCCUCUUCCUGCACCACAGGAGUCAGUCCCACUCUGGACAGUCAGCACCUUGAGGCUGGGACCACAGCUGUCCUGCUGCCCCCAGCCCUCUGCCAGAAUGUGUUGGGUGGAAGUGCCGACAUGAACCAGGGCCGGAGGUGCCAUGGGAGACACCGCCAACAGAGGCCUCGCUUCCAACCGCGUGACUCUCAUGAGGGGUGCAGCCCAGGGGCACCACAGAGCACUCAGGACCCCAGCCAUGGCCAUGGUGAGUCUCCAUCAACUUCGGCCGGCGCCACUGGCAGCUCCUCUGUGCCAGACCUGCCCGGGUACUACUUCGACCCUGAGAAGCAGCGCUACUUCCGCCUGCUGCCUGGACACAACAACUGCAACCCACUCACAAAGGAGGGCAUUCGACAGAGGGAGACCGAGUGCCAGAGGCUGCAGCUGCUCAAGGCUGAGGACAGGCUGAGGAAGAUAGCCAGGGUGGGCUUUAACGCCUCUUCCAUGCUGCGGAAAAGCCAGCUGGGCUUUCUCAGCGCCACUCAUUACUGCCGCCUGGCCCAUGAACUGCGUCUGAGCUGCAUGGAGAGAAGGAAGGUCCAGAUCCGGAGCCUGGAUGCCUCAGCCCUGGCAAGCGACCGCUUCAACCUCAUCCUGGCGGACACCAACAGCGACCGGCUCUUCACUGUGAACGACGUUAGCGUCGGGGGCUCCAAGUACGGCAUCAUCAGCCUGCAGAGCCUGGAGACCCCCGCGCCCCAGGUGUUCGUGCAUGAGAACCUCUACUUCACCAACCGCAAGGUGAACUCUGUGUGCUGGGCCUCGCUGAAUCACCUGGACUCCCACAUCCUGCUAUGCCUCCUGGGGCUAGCAGAGGCUCCGGGCUGUGCCACGUUGCUCCCGGCAUCACUGUUCGUCCACAGUCACCCAGGAACCGAGCAGCCUGGCAUGCUCUGCAGCUUCCGGAUCCCUGGUGCCUGGUCCUGUGCCUGGUCUCUGAAUACCCAGGCAAGCAACUGCUUCAGCACAGGCUUGUCCCGGCGGGUCCUGCUGACCAAUGUGGUAACGGGGCACCGGCAGUCAUUCAACACUGGCAGUGAUGUCCUGGCCCAGCAGUUUGCGGUCACGGCACCUCUGCUCUUCAACGGUUGUCGCUCUGGGGAGAUCUUUGCCAUUGACCUGCGUUGUGGGAACCAAGGCAAGGGGUGGAAGGCCACCCGCCUAUUCCAUGAUUCCGCUGUGACCUCAGUGCGGAUCCUCCAGGGGGAGCAGUGCCUGAUGGCCUCGGACAUGGCCGGAAAGAUCAGGCUAUGGGACCUGAGGGCCACGAAGUGUGUCAGGCAGUACAAGGGCCACGUGAAUGAGUAUGCCCACCUGCCCCUGCACGUGCAUGAGGAAGAAGGCAUCCUGGUGGCAGUGGGCCAGGACUGCUACACGCGAAUAUGGAGCCUGCAUGACGCCCGCCUGCUCAGGACCAUCCCCUCCCCACACCCUGCCUCCAAGGCCGACAUUCCCAGCGUGGCCUUCUCUUCUCGGCUGGGGGGCUUCCGGGGUGCACCAGGGCUGCUCAUGGCAGUCCAGCAGGACCUCUACUGUUUCUCCUACAGCUAGCUCUGCAGGGAGUCCAGGGCAGAGCCAUGUCUAACGAGACUCCAGCCACCCAGCCUCAGGAGCUGCAGGCUAUUGUCUUAUGUGGAGAUGCUAAAUUAUUUCAUUCAAUUGUAGGCUCAAAGAGCCUGAAUGUCCUUUUUAUAAAAGGUACCUACUUCCUUGUCUUGGUGAAUCCCCAGAAGUUACUGGAGGGACAGGUGGGUCUCUAAAUACCAGCAGUUGUAAGCGGUCAUGCCAUGCCUUUGCCAAGGCACCUUCCAUAGUGGUAGGGGGUGGCCAGUUAUGUUCUUGCAACUUGGAUGCCAGAUUCGAGUGCUGGUGUCAGAGUAAACUGGCUUUGACUUUUUGUCAUCCAGGAGCAAGAGUUUGUGGGAUAUCUGUUCAGUGUUCAAGAGCCUGUUUUUUUACCAAAUAAUAAACUAGAGAAAAAACCAUA